AGCGCACGGUUUACAGGCUGACCCUGGUAAAAGCCUGGAAUGUGGAUGAACUCAAAGCUUAUGCUGAGCUGAUAUCCCUUGGAAAACCAGACUUCAUCGAGGUCAAGGGCGUGACCUACUGUGGAGAAAGCUCUGCCAGCAGCCUCACCAUGGCCAACGUGCCCUGGCACGAGGAGGUGGUGGGGUUUGUGCAGGACCUGGCUGAGCUCCUGCCCGACUACGAGAUCGCCUGCGAGCACGAGCACUCCAACUGCCUGCUGCUGGCACACACCAAGUUCAAGGUGGAUGGCGAGUGGUUCACCUGGAUCGACUACGAGCGCUUCCAGGAGCUGGUGCGGGAGCGCGAGCGGAGCGGCGGCUCCAGGACCUUCACAGCGGCUGAUUACACGGCCAGGACUCCCCCCUGGGCUCUCUUUGGGGCCAGGGAGAGGGGCUUUGACCCCCUGGAUGUCAGAUUCCAGCGCAGGAACAAGGCCCGGGACAUCUCCGGCUGCUGAGCUUUGGGACUCUGUUUCCGGCUGACACCGAUUCUGGAUCUUUCCAUCGACCUUAUCCCAAAUGUGCUGUUGAGCAGGGGGGUCAAGCCUUAAUUUAACCCUUCCCUCCUGGUUUUAGGGCUUCCUGGCUGAAAAUAUUUAUAACAUUCCUCUCUCCCAAAUCAGAAGUGGUUCAUGGCAGUGAUUUCUCAGCAUGGGGGGAGGCAGCAGCUGGGGCCACCUUUGGAGUUGGAUGUGGUUUGGGGUUGGAUGUGGAGCAGGAGCAUUCCUUGGAUUCCAGUGCCCUGUGUGAGGAGAGCCUGGCUCAUCUGGCCCCCAGCUUGGCAGCAAAACCACAUCCACAAGGAAAAUUCCAUAUCCACAAGGAAGAGUGCCACAGGGAUUUCAACCCCACGAGCUUGUUGGAUCAGGGCAGGUGUUGGAUUGAAGAACCUGAGCCCUGCUGGGAAUAUCAUUGUAUGGAUUUAGUUCAGGGUUAUGUAUUUAAUUCCUGUAAAAACUUCAUCCCAUGCUUGAAACUUGGGAAUGGUGUGAGUAACAGCCCCCCUGUUGACACCAGCUGUGAUUUCUGAUACCUCUCCAAGUAUCUUCCAGCUUCCUGGGUUUGGGAGUGGAUGUUCCUGAGCAGUGUUAUCCCACUCCCAGCAGCCCUGAACAACAGGUACAAUCCCUCAGAGCCCUGGCUGUGUGUGCCCAGUGUCCCUGGGAUCUGGACAUCAGGCAUGGAGCUCCCUCUGCUCCCCUGGGAAGCUCCACAGCCUCGCUGAUCCUCGGGAUGGAGAACUGGGUGGAGAUGGAAACCAGACCCAGUCCAGGUCUCUGGGAUCAAGAAACCCAACUGUUCCCCUUUGGAGAGGUGACAUCCAGCCACAGGGUCAGGUGACAGGGCCCAGGGGUUGCUCUUUGAUGCCCUGGGCGCUCUGGAGGUGCUGGAGCCUGGCUGGAAAAUGGCUUUUAAAUAAAGAGGGAAUUCCCUGUCCCUCCUCGCUGCAUCCCCAAGGGUUGGAGCCUCUGUGGGCAAACCCUGGGCCCUCAGUUCCCA